AUGAACAAUAUAAGGGGUUGUCCUAUCGGAUCAAAAGCAUGGCCACUAACACUUCCAUGGAAAAUCAACUAUCAAAAGGCGAAUGGUAAAAGACUACCGGAACCGAAUCCACCUGAUGGCAUUGUACGGGAAAUGGCGAAGCUCCAUGCGAAACAUCAUCCAUUUAGUAAUGUCAUGGAUAAUACCCUCUUGAAUGUAUUAAAAAUUAAAAAUGAUGGAUAUAAACCGUGGGAUGCACACAAGAAUGCUUACAAUCUAAUCGAAAGAGUUGCCACCGUCAACAUCUUUUUCAAAAAUAAGUUAUUGUUUGUUAAGCAAUUGAUUUAUGGGAACGAAACAACCAAUUACACAGUCACCGAGAAUGCAUUGAAUCUAGUUAAUCCAAUUCAAAGAGAUACUGCUACUCGGAUGAUUGUUCUUGGCGUAUGGUCAAAUUGA